AAGUGUAUUUGCUUUGGAAGAAUAAAUCACCUCAAAUUAAAGUGUCCUACAUGUGUGUGGAUGUUGCUGCGUUAUAUAAAACUAUUAGAAUAGUUUUUCACAUUUUAGAACAGGGGUGCCUUAAUACUCUCCAUAAUUUUAAAGGGUGCCUUGACUGAAAAAAGGUUGUUGAGAAACACUGGCCUAGAUAAUUCACAGCACUGAGGAUUAUAAUUAACAUCAUAUUUUGAGAGAUCAAUAAGUCCCUCACUAUAUAUCAGUUCUGAUAU